AUCCUUUGAAGACUGAUGUAUAUUUACUUAAGUGCUUUAAUUUUGUUAACAGUUUGGGUAAGGAUGGCUCAACUCCAGCAAGGAGGCCCAGAUGAAAAAGAAAAGACAACUGCAUUGAAAGAUCUGUUGUCUAGAAUAGACUUGGAUGAACUGAUGAAAAAAGAUGAGCCACCACUUGAAUUCCCUGAUACUCUGGAAGGAUUUGAGUAUGGUUUUAAUGAAAAAGGGCAGCUAAGACAUAUAAAAACUGGGGAGCCCUUUGUUUUUAAUUUUCGUGAAGAUUUGCAUAGAUGGAAUCAAAAGCGUUACGAAGCUCUUGGAGAGAUCAUAACUAAAUAUGUUUAUGGACUACUGGAAAAGGAAUGCCACUUGAAAAAAGUAACUCUCCCAGUAGAUGCGACUGAGACUGAACCAAAGAGUUUUAUCUUUAUGAGCGAGGAUGCAUUAACAAAUGCAGACAAACUCUUGGUCCUAAUUCAUGGUAGCGGUGUUGUCAGAGCAGGUCAGUGGGCUAGGAGGCUUAUCAUCAACGAAGAUCUGGACAGUGGCACACAGAUACCAUAUAUAAAGAAGGCUACUGAGGAGGGCUAUGGAGUAAUAGUACUGAAUCCCAAUGAGAACUAUAUUGAAGUGGAGAAGACAAAAGCCCAAGUACAGCUGUCUUCUGAUAGCUCAGAUGAACCUGCAGAAAAGAGAGAAAGAAAAGAUAAAAUCCAGAAGGAAACAAAGAAGCGACGUGACUUUUACGAAAAGUAUCGAAACCCCCAAAAAGAAAAAGAAACAGUGCAGAUGUACAUUAGAGAUAAUGGAUCUCCUGAAGAACAUGCAAUUUACGUGUGGGACCAUUUUAUUUCCCAGUCAGCAGCAGAGAACGUGUUUUUUGUUGCUCACAGUUAUGCUGGACUCACAUUCAUAGAGUUGAUGAUUCAACGAGAGGCAGAAGUAAAGAAUAAGGUAACUGCUGUAGCGUUGACAGACUCUGUUCACAAUGUGUGGCAUCAAGAAGCUGGCAAAACUAUUCGAGAAUGGAUGCGAGAGAACUGUUGUAACUGGGUAUCUAGCUCAGAACCACUAGAUACAUCAGUAGAGUCCAUGUUGCCAGACUGUCCCCGAGUCUCUGCAGUUUAUUUUGAGCCUUCUGUGGCUGAAUAUGCUUGA